AUGAACAUGACAUCUUAUCAGAGUCUGGAUGCAAUACAGUACUGUUUCCCAUCUGUAAAAGGAUCAUGUAUCAGAAAUAGCCUUCCUGCAACUGCUAAAGUUGUGUUAUACACAUUAGUAGUGGGACUCAUAACAGUGGUUGUUAGCGGUAAUCUUUUGGUGAUCAUCUCUGUCGCCCAUUUUCGACAGCUGCACUCUCCUACCAACUAUUUAACACUUUCUUUGGCAGUUACUGAUUUGUUUGUAGGCCUACUUGUUCUACCCUUUAGCAUGGUAAGAUCCAUUGAAACAUGUUGGUAUUUUGGCAAUACCUUUUGUAAAAUCCACUCUACCUUUGAUAUUGCUGUUACAUCAGUUUCUGUGUUUCACCUUUGUUUUAUUGCCAUCGAUCGUUACUUUGCUGUUUGUGAUCCUCUCCGUUAUUCUUCAACAAUCACUUUUUCUGUAACUGCGAUAUUUGUGACAAUUUGCUGGGCAGUACCUGCAAGCUUCAGUUCUUUUAUCAUUUUUACUGGCAAGAAUUCAACAAAUAAUAUUUUGACUUCAGGUUACUGUGAAGGGUUUUGUAUGAUAAUAUUUGAUGAAGUAUGGGGAAUAACGUCACCUCUAGUUACUUUCUUUCUUCCUGAUUCAAUAAUGAUAGUUAUUUAUGUUAAAGUUUUUGUUGUGGCUAGCAGUCAUGCUAAAGUUAUCAGCAGCAUUACAGACAGAAAAACUUCUGUGAAAAAACAACAUGCCAAAAGCAUGAAAGAAGCCAACAAAAAAGCCAUUAAAACCUUAGCAUUAAUAAUGGGCGCAUUUGUCAUGUGCUGGUUACCUUGCAUGGUAAUUCUAAUGAUCAGUAUUUGUUUUAAUGACUUAAUUCCAACAGUUGUUUUUGAAAUAGUUAACUGGUUAGCAUAUUUUAAUUCUGCAUGUAAUCCUAUGAUUUACGGUUUAUUUUAUCCUUGGUUUCGAAGAGCUUUCAAAACAAUUUUGACUGGCAAAAUAUUCCGUAUAGCAUCAUCUACUACUAACCUCUUCCCUGAACAUGACUAA